UAACUGCUUCACCCGCCAAGUAGUCCCGCCCGUCAAGGAGUUGCCAAGAGUUCAAGCAAACAGAUGAAUCCAGCCAAGAAAUGACAUUUCUGAACCGUUUUUUGUUCGCCAUAGCUAAAAACCACACAUUCCGUUGUAUCAAAAGUCAAGGAAUCGGUUUGCUAUGGACACCAUUCAAGCUUAGAAACUUCAGCGAUUUGGCUAGAAACGGGUAUGACGUUGGUACAAAAGACUGCAUUCCAAUUUUACAGUCCCUGGGUGAUGCCGGGGACUUGAUCUCUGGCCAACAAAUCCACUCUUUCUUGAUCAAAACAGGGUCGAAUCAACAAGUCUUUGUUCAGAACAAUUUGAUGAGGUUCUAUUCGAUGUGCGGUGAUUUAAGUAGUGCCCACCAAGUAUUCGACGAAAUAUCUGAGCCGAAUUUGGUUUCCUGGACCAGUUUGGUCUCUGCGUAUAUUCAUGAUGGUCGGGUAGAUACUGGACUAUGCAUGUUUUUGCAAAUGUUUCGGACCGGAUUGAUGCCAAAUGAGUUUGGGUUUUCUGUUGUGCUUAAGGCUUGCAGGAUGAUAAACCAAUUUGUACUGGGUGAGAGUAUACAUGGACUUAUAUUGAAAUGUGGGUUGGAGUUGAGUAAGUUCUGUAGCUCUUCCAUUCUUGGAGUUUAUGUGGAAUCUGGGGAUGUGAAAAAGGUGCAUAAGUUCUUUCAUGCAAUUCCUCAAUGGUGCAGGUCAGAAGCUUUGUGCAAUAUGUUCUUGGAGAGUUGUGUGCUGAGCUGUGAUUUGGUGGAAGCAAACAACUUGUUUCAACAAAUGGGUUACUCUAAUAUUAGACCCAACUGCUUUACAUAUGCAAUUAUGUUUAAAUUGUGUGCUGCGGCAUUAGUAGCUGAUUUUGCAAAGUUGUUUCAUGGUAAAAUUGUGAAAAUUGGUUUUGAAAGUGAUCUCGUUGUAGGAGGAGCACUAGUUGAUUCUUACUCAAAUUUGGGAUUUCUGGAUGAUGCCUAUAAGGUUUUCAAAAACCUGGAUGGGAAUGAUAAUAUGGUUAUCUGUGCUUUAUUGGCUGGACAUAUUCAACACGGGAAUCCUGAUCAGGGUCUGCAUUUGUUCCUGGACUUCAUCUCAGAAGGUAAUAAGCCAGAUCCAUUUACCUUUGCAAGUGUAUUCAGCUUGUGCUCAAAGUCAGCAAUUGAGGGUAUUGGUUCCCAAGUCCAUUCCAGUUUGAUUAAACAUGGUUUUAUUAUGGAUCCGGUUAUAGGUAGUGCCAUAGUCAACAUGUACGGAAACAUUGGGAUGAUUUCUGAGGCCUAUAAAUGUUUCCUUGAAGUUGAAAGCAAAAAUACGAUAUGCUUUAGCGCUAUGAUCAACUAUUUUCUUUUAGAUUCUAGGCAUGAUAUGGCACUAGAAUUGUUUUUCAAAAUGAGGACUUUAGCUCUUGAACUAUGUCAGUCUACAGUAAGUUAUGUUGUUCGAGCUUAUGCACAUCUUAACAUGUUAAGAGAAGGAAAAAGCCUCCAUUCAUAUACCUUGAAACACUUCAUUGAUAUUGACUUGUGCUUGCAGAAUGCUCUGAUUGAGAUGUAUGUUAAGUGUGGGCUUGUUGAAAAAGCAGAGACAGUGUUUAAUGCUAUGAUGAUCCCUAAUGAAUUCUCAUGGACAACUGUUAUUACUGGUUACAGUGAUUUAGGGCAAUCCAAGAAAGCAUUUUCAAUGUUUCAGAAUAUGCUUCUCUCACCUGUGGCAGUGACACCAAGUCAAUAUACUAUUGUUCCUCUCCUUCAAGUGUGUUGUUCAGGGGAAACAUCCCUUGCAGGAAAACAAGUUCAUGGUUAUGUCAUCAAAGCAGGUUUCGAACAUAAUCUAUAUGUUGGAAGUGCACUGAUAAAUAUGUAUGCAGGAUUCAAGCAUGAAAGUGAAAGUGCUUUUCUAGUAUUUAUAUCAAUGAACCAACAAGAUAUUGUACUGUGGAGCUCCAUGAUAACAGCAUGGGCUCAAAAUGGUUAUUACAGGGAAGCUUUACUGCUCUUUGUAAAAUUCCAAAAUGAUUCAAUAUUUUCAGUUGAUGAAUCCAUUUUGGUGAGCUGCCUUUCAGCUUGCACAGCUUUAACAUCACUGGAGAUUGGAAAAUGUUUCCAUGCCUUGUGUAUGAAAACUGGAAUCGAGUCUUCUGUCCAUGCUGCAUCUUCCAUAAUAGAUAUGUAUAGUAAGUGUGGAAGCAUAAGGGAUGCAUACAAAUUCUUUGAAGGGUUGAGAAAGCAAACUGUAGUGACAUGGACCGCAAUGAUAUCUGCAUAUGCUUAUCAUGGGCUUGGAAUAGAAGCUAUUCAACUGUUUCAUGAGAUGAAAGCUGCUGGGUUGAAACCAGACGAAUUGACAUUUACUGGAGUUUUAACUGCGUGUAGUCAUGCAGGGCUCCUAGCUGAGGGUUGGAAGUUAUUUGAAUCCAUGAGGACAGAAUAUGACAUGGAAGUAACCAUAGCUCAUUACACAUGCAUGGUUGAUCUUCUUGGUCGACUAGAAAAGGUAACCGAGGCAGAAGCUUUGAUAAAUGAAGCACCCUUGCAGUCAAAAACUCAACUAUGGAAGAUUUUGUUGGGUGCAUGCAGCACUCAUCAGAACUUUGAAAAAGGAAAAAAAAUAGCUGAGAUGUUGAUUGAGUUAGAACCAAAUGAACCAACAACUUAUGUUAUGCUCUCUAACAUUUACGCUGCAGCCUCAAUGUGGAAUCACAAACUAGAGGUUAGAAAUAAAAUGAAGUAUGAGUAUGUACAGAAGGAGCCUGGGUACAGUAGGGUAGGAGUUGUGAGUUAACUAUCUCUGUGCUAUGUAUAUGUUAUUUUCAUGGAUUGCCGAAGAGACUGUUAGAUCUUACACAUGGAUAUAUAGCAAGAUCAGAGGCAGACAUCGCAGUGAAGCAAAGUCUGAGAUUAUUGGCUUAUUAUGUCUCUACUUGCAAGAUGUCAUCCAAACAAGGUAUUUAUGUGUGGGCAAGUUUUUCUGUUGCCUGUUGGGAAUUUGAUUAUAAUCAUUAUAACAGCUCUAAGCAUAAAAUAUUGAAGAAUGAGGAAUGGCAUGCAGCAGAGCAGGCCUUUUUAAGCUUCUCUUUGGUCCUCCAAUUCAAGUUGCUGCAUCUCCUAAUCAAAGGUCACUUUUACCACUGCAAAUCAAACCAAAACACAAAUGAUUGUACUUUUUCCUCCAGAAUUCCAAAUCAAUAGAUCUUCCGAAUUGAAUGUAUUAUAAUUAAUUUUCUCAGAAUUAAAAUUCUUGAUUUAUUUGUUGACAGGGAGUCCGUUUGCAUUGGAAUGCUUGUGCUCUGAUCUAGCUUAGCAUGGAAGAUCUUUCCAUUGGAUGUUGAUGAGGAGAAAGCUAGAAUCUUGUGCCUAAUAUGUUCAACGAAAGCAAAAAAUAAGCGUAACGCCGGUAGGGACGGAAACAUGGUUGUUCUAGCCGGCGCCGGCGCUGCUGUUGCCGGAGCGGCCGCUGUAACCGCCGUUGCUGAGUUGAAGUGUAACGCCGCCUAGGAGAAGAAACGCAGGGAGGUUGACGUUGAAAUUGAUGUUGCCGCCAUUG